CAGCAUGCGGAGGAGGGCGCUGGGCAGGGACCACUUGGACCAAAGAAGACUAAACGCUAUUUCAUUUCAGCGCAGAAACAACGCAUUGGCGGCAGCGGACCGGGGCUGAAGCCGAGCCCAUUGUCUCCUUCAAACACAGCAAGUCCAGGAAAACGGCGCAGACCCAAACAGCGGUGUAGCCCAGUAAAGGAGGGUCCGAGUGGUAGGCAUUGCGGGUUUGUAAGCCACAGAAAAAAAAAACCAAAAAAAUAAAACGGCCGUGGACAGAUCUGGCCAAUAACGGAAAAUGAAUCACAGUCAAGUUUUAAUAAUAUGAACAAGAGCCGCGUUUUGUUGCAUUUGGCGUCCAACUAUUGAUGCGUCUGCGCCGAUCGUUUUCCAAACCAGCAAAUCGCGCGGACUUCUUUUGUUCGCAUCGCUUCAACCCCAGUUUCUAGUCCAGACAUUAGUGUUGUCGUUGUACAAAAAAAAAAAAAGAGUUACUCGCUCAAAAAAAAAAAAAAAAUGAAUUUCCAGUCGAGCGUCCCAGUGUCCGGUAUCUCGCAGCAGUCUCAGCCGGCCAUGCCCACUCCAGGCACGGUCCCUGCGCCCGUCCCCGUCCCGGUACCCCAAUCCAUCCCGUCCCAGUUCGGAUCCGGAUCGUCUGCGAGCUCAGGGGCCGGUCAGUUCGGUUCGGGGACUGUUUCGGGACAGGCUGCUCAGUCCGGCUCAGCGGGUUCGCAGUUUGUUUUGUCCAACUCAGCGGCCAUCAGGGCAGAGAUCCACCGGUUCGAGUCGGUCCACCCCAACAUUUACGCCAUCUACGACCUGAUCGAACGCAUUGACGACCUGGCCCUGCAGAACCAGAUCCGAGAGCAUGUAAUCUCCAUUGAAGGUAAGCCUCAUAAAAACAGAAAAAUGAUCUAUUAGGACCGAAUAACAACCACUAAUGAGCACUGACCAUAUUAUCUGAUAUCGGGUUGUGCAUAUAUUAGCUGUUUGUCAGAUGAGUCAAGUUUCUAGAUAUACACUUUAUAUAAUUAGGGGGUUUCCUGCCAUAUGGACUGUCUGUUCUGUGGCUCAUCUAGUGGUCACGACUUCAUGACCUCGUACCUUCUGCAGGUCGACAUGACAUCUGUUAAAUUGCAUUAAUACCAGCGUGUCCGUAAAUCUAUGCUAAGUAGGUAGGGAGCUGACAUUGUGCGUGACAGAAAUUAAUCCAGGGUCACAAUAAUUUGACAUGCAAAAAGUGCAAAAGGGUUUGUUUUUCAUGAGCCAAAAUUCCCAGAAUGAGGGCAUGACAGCCUCUCUUUGGUUUCAUAAAUGAACAGAUUUCCAUUCUUGUUAUUUCUGACAUAUGCCCUGUGAAGGAACAGGAGCCUAUAGCCCAGGGCAGGCUACAAACAGGGCAAUGAUAAUGUGUUAAGAGGUCUGAACACUAAUAGGGUUUCUGAAUCACGUGGAAUCUUCUGCAGCAUUGGGGAUUGCUCAUAGUCGUAACCUCCAGAGAGUCUCCCAGAUGGGGAUGCCAUUUCAGCUGGCCUACUUCCCUGCCACUCGUAACACGUAGCAAUUUGUCCAAUCCGUCUGUGCCUCUUCUCUUGCUAAGCCACCCAUGUAAUUAUUGCAUACAUGUUAGCAUCGCUCCUUAUGCAGAAUUUCCAUGUGAUUGGGACAUAUAAGCGACUUGAGCAAACUCUGGUCACAUCCUGGCACGGUGCAAGUGUUUUUCUCUAGAAGAGGAGAGUCAUGAUGAAGCUGGCGGUGACGUCGGUAUCUGCUAAAAUAAUGUGUGAACAGCAACGUAGGAGUGGAACACAACAUAUACACAGACCCCACAUGUAUCACAAAAGUGCUAAAGGCAGAACAUAGAAUUCCUUUUUUCCUUUUUUCUUUUUCUGUGGUGUGCUGUGUGACCACAUGUUGUGAGCUGAGAGUAUGAUGGAGGACGCACAGUGGCCCACACUAUUGUAGGUUGGCUUGGUCCCCUGCUGUGGAGGGUGCAAUUGAAAUGAAUAUCAUCACGACUUGCCGUGCUGUACUGACUGAGCCAGUGAAAAUGAAGUCAGCAGUGCUGUACCUACUCCAAACUUGAAAGACAACCCUCUGUUUUCAUGCAACGUGCCCUGAUUUGACUUAGGAGUGAUUCAGCCAUGUGUCACCCCCAACACACUCCUCAUCACAAAGACCAACUACGGCUCUUUGUCUGCAUCCUAAGUACUAACAUUUGACUUACUCAAGACAUUUUUAGUAGACAGCAGUUCAGAAAACAAGAGCUAAUCCAUGAGUGUGAUGUUGUUAACAGACUUAUUUACAAUUUUAACACCAGGCUCUAAU